UCACUGUGACAAGGUACGAAAUGGGUCACAAAUUAAAUCUUUUGACUGUACUACACGUGUACCAGUCACUUGUAGAGACGUGUUAUCCGCAUGAAUGUUGUUUAACCAGAGCCGUGGGUUAAAUAUCUCUGCAGCUGCACUAAACUCGACAUAACAGCAUCGCACAAUAUUAUAAAAUGUUGGUAUACAUAAACUGUAAAAUAAAGUGCUCAAGUUUUAUUCAAUAAGUACGUUACCUCCUUUUAACCGAAAAACCUACGACAAUUUUCCGUCCUUUGUGAAUUGUAACAUUUAAUUAUUGUGCUGUUUUUAGAAUACUAAACGGCUACGAUUGUGUAGGUAAAGAACAGUAAAUAAACAUAUACGCACGCAUACACAUGCGCAAGAUUUAUGUCCACAGAGAAUUGCAGAAUAUCAACCACUUUAACCCAAACAUUAAACAAUUUUCAUAGUUCUUCAUGAUUCUCACGCUUCUGGGUAUAAAGACAAACAUUUACUUCAGUUCCUCAUUUGUGAUUAAGCAGGGCAAUAUGCGUCUCUUGCUCUUACUUCAUUUAAUCUUUAUUAUCGAAGCAAGACCUAAAAAACUCCGCAGUCAAUCUAGACCACAUAAUAAAGGAUUUAAUGUGGACACGGACCCUAACAUAUAUGACAACUCGAUACCAAUUGACUUUUUAAAUAUGGACGUGUCAGGUGUUUAUGACCCGUCUCUUGGUCAGAAACAGCCAUUUGAUGGAGUAGCCUUGUAUCUGGUACAUCGAAGGAAAUCCGAUGAAGAUUUACGGGCCCUCCUGCAACAGGCAGCAGCGAUGCGGGAACAACAUAAAACGCCAGCAAAACCAAUACAAUCCAAAAGUGAUACGUUUAACCUGCCAGCUUUAUUUGAUUUCGCGACUAUACACGGAUUAAAUCUUGCUAGACCUGAAAUAUACGAGGACAGGGUAGCCAAAACCGAGGUCUUGUUUAAGAAAGGGAGCAGAAACCAAAAUACGACAAAGCCUGAAGAUCCUAAGAAUCUUGAAAAUAUUGUUCCCCUGAGCAUGUUCGAUAUGAAGGCUGGAGUGAACGAAGAUAUCAUCAGAUGGACGAGCUGCGAUGAUUUUGCGAAGAAAGCGCGGUUCCAUCCAAGAGACGUGGCGGGGGUGGACUGGGUCCCGUUCUACUUGUGGUCGAUGCAGACUUAUCCAAUCCCUGAGGAGUUUAAAUUCUCAUAUCCUACUAGGAGGGUUGUGCAAGAAUACAAAGAUCUGUACGAGUCAAAGUUGACGAAGAAAAUAGACUGGACAGCACCCAUGUUGCUUCUGCGUAACUGGCUUGAGAUGCUUCUAGUAGCCGGGGACAAGAGAGGGCUGUUCUAUGGCAUCCCUAAGUCUGCCAUCCCAGACGAUGUUAGAAAUUCAACGACAUGGUACCCACACGCUACAAUCAGAAUGAAGAUGGUGGACCAAUACCUUGCAAUGAUGUUCUGUGAGGAGCACUUGGCCAUGAUGCUGGCUGUGGUGGGGGAAGAGCCGGACCCUCAAGAGAGCGCCGCCGAGGCUGCCAAGCUUGGCUUCCAUGGCAUCGGGGCUCCUGUGACCAAACAGGGCCAAGUGGGGUCACCGAAAGAUGAUAGGUUUGAAGACUUUAACGAAAAAAUGAAUCUAGAUCAGCAUUCUGCUGUUGUGAAGUCUUUCUAUACACCAUAGAUGAAAAGUUGUGUAGGAAUACAAACCAUAAUACCUACAAUUUUUUAACUUUAAAAAUAAUGGUGCUUUAAUGUUUACUAUUGUAUAAAUAUCUAAUUAAGCAAUCUGCAAAAUAGAUGCAAACGAUGUAAUAUGUUUAAUUAAGAAAGGUCGAAAAACUAGUCAUAGUCUGACGUAAAAAAAACAAUAUACGCAAAUAUUAGGAAUGGAAUUUCAACAGCUAAGUAAU